UGUAGUAAAAAAAAAAAGUUUAUUCAGCAGGUGUUUUCUUUUUUUUGGUGAUCAUGAUAUGAUGUAAUUUCAUGGAAGCAAUCAGUUUUAAGUUUUUAUAAGUGGUUUUGAUAUCAAAGAUGAAUAUUUCUUUGACACCUAAAAUUAUACCUGGUGUUUUAAAUACAGGCAACAAAGAUGCAUGUGAUUGGGGAUGGCAAGGAUUUUUAGCAUAUGGCUGUCAAAAUUAUAUUGUUGUCGUUGAUCCAAAAACAGCUCAAGUUGUACAAACAUUACAUUAUCAUCUUUCGAUAAUCUGUCAGGUAAAAUGGUGUCAAGAGAAUUAUUAUCAUGAUCUUCAUUCUCCUUAUCGCCUUCAAUUGGCUGCUGGAGAUAUAUCUGGUCUUAUUAGCAUAUGGGAUGUUCGCAUGGGUACUUUAAUUAGUGAGCUUACUGAGAGCAGCCGAUCACCUACUUGUAUGGAAUGGCUUAAAGGCUAUGAUGUAUCUCAUGAUCUUCUGUUAGUAUUAUAUAGUCAGAAUGUUAUGGUGUUGUGGAAUGCGGAUACAGGUGUAAAACUCUGGAAAAAAACAUUUCAAGAAAAUAUCAUAAAGGUUGCAGUGGAUCCUUUCAAUAACUCAAAUAUGAUUAUAAUGUGCAAUGAAUGGAUAAUGCUAAUUACUGAACUAGACAUUAGAAAACCACCAAUAGAAAAAGGUAGAAAGUUUUAUAUUCAAAACACUUCAAGUCCCUCUACAACCAAAGAUGCAAGUAGUUCAACUUUAUCUAAAACCUUUUCACCAACGAAGUCAACAUUUCAAAAAGUAAAAUCAUGGGCAGAAGAUUUAAGGGGGAGAGUGGAAGAUGAAGAGACUUUAUCAACUAGUGACUGUAUGCAAGUGACUUACCUUCCUUCUAAUCGCCACCAUGCAUUGCUUCUAUUUCCAUAUGAAAUACUAAUCCUUGACAUGGAGAUUGGUCAAGCUAUUGGUAAUUUUUGCAUUGAAUCAAACAGCCCUUCAUUUUAUUCUGUUAUACCAUGUUAUCAGAGAGAUAUAUUGUAUUUACUACAUGAUAAUGGAUCGAUUUCAGUUAGAGUUAUUCGUACUCCCAACAGCGUUCCAUAUGAAAGCGAAGAUGAUCCUGAGCAAGUUUUGGCUAGUCGUAUAUCAUUAGAUGUGGUUUAUGAUAUUAAGUGUCAUUCAGAUGUUUUUCGAUUAAGUCGAGCAUCUCGUAUAAUGGGUUUUUGUUUAAAUCCAAUUCUUGAAACUCAGACUGCUCUUGUGUUAAGUGACGGUAAGAUAUUGUUCUGGUCACUUUUUAUAAAAGCAGAUGAAAGUGCCCAAGUUUUGAAUGAAAAACUUCCGAACUUACAAGAAACAGAAAAUAUAAAUAGCUUUACAGGAGAUUUUACAUUAUCAAAAGUAUUUCCCUUGUUACUCAACUUUGAAGAAGUCAGUAAAAAAACACUUUAUCAAAAGCCAAAAUUUUUGUUAGAAGGAAUAUUUGAAGGAAUUGCAUCAAAUCCUGUAUGUGCAAAUAUGUGUCUUCCAAUGACUACAAAAAAUAUUGAGUUUUAUAAACCUCAUUUAGCCUUAGGUUGCGGUAGUGGAAUUUUGCAAAUUUACAAUGCCUCUUUUGGAUCUUUGUUAAAGACAUUUACUCUUUUACACCAAAAUAUAAAAGGUAUUGAAUGGCUAAAUCUUACAUCUUUGUUGGUGUAUUUUAAUGGAAGCUCCGGAACAAACAAAAGUGAAAUAGUUCAUCUAGAUGUAGUAUCUGGUCAAAGUAAAUCACUACCUAGUACAAAUGGCUUAAAGCAGUCCACCAUAGCAUCUCUCAAAGCUUCUUUUUUGAAGCAAUAUUUCCUGGUUCUAUACAAAAACCAAUGUGCUGAACUAUGGGAUGCUGUGACUCUGUGCCAGUUGAGAGAAUUUCCUAAUAAGUUUCCUCGCAUUACUGCUUUUGAGUGGUCACCAUCUAAUAGUAGAUUUGGAAAAAAUGUAUCAAAAAAUGCAGAAAAUGGUUCAAAAACAAACCAUUCUAUUAAAGAAGAUAACACAGAAAGUCAUAUAAGUUUGUCAAAACUUCAAGAAUCAGCUUCCAGUGUUUUAGAAGUACAAGAUUCAUCAAAAGCCCAAAAGAUUCAUCUGAAAGAACAUUUGGUGUUUUGUGAUAGUGAAGGCACCAUUUAUCAUUAUGUGAUUGAAGGUACAUCUCUCAAAGAUGGAUCAAAAGUUCCACCAGAGGCAGGAAUGAGUGCUAUUUCUUCCAUAGUUUGGAAGUGUGGAAUGUUAGUGCUUGGUGAUGUUGAUGGAAAUAUUAAUUUGUGGGAUAUUAAAGCAAAAAUUUCUAAGGUAUAUCCAACACAUCGUGGUCCAAUUCGAAGAAUGAAAUUUGCUCCUGGUAAAGGAAACAUGAAGUUGAUAGUUUUAUUUAAUGAUGGAGUCCAAAUUUGGGAUGCAAAAGAGGCGCACAUUCUUGCAUUCACCAAGUCAGCUAAAGACCAAAUAUCAGUUUUAGAUGCUGAUUGGCUGUCAUCAACUUUGCCUCUUCUUUUACUAACUGAUGGUUCAGUGAGAAUAUAUGAUCCUUUGUUAAAGUCUGCAAAUUGUCCAAUAUCGCAAAAAAAGUAUGAAGUACCCAUUUUUAAUCCUCGAAUGAAUGAUACUGUUGUCUCUUUAAAAAUAAAGUAUUUAUUACAGCACCAACAAUGGAGAGCUAAAUACUGUGCAACUUUCAUUUCUAAUGAAAAAGACGAUACUUUAGUUCAAGAACAGUUACAAAAUCUUUCUAGUUCGGUCUUGAGCAAUUUAUACAAUUGUCCUUUUGGCACUGCAGAAAGAUGCAUAUAUAUAGCACAAUUAUUUGGGGAUGAGUCUGAUUGGUUCUUUUGGACAGUGGCUUUACACUACUUGAGAUGUGAGCGUCAAAGAAAAAAUUGUCAAUUUCAUCAAAAAGAAAAAUUGGCUAUUAGGAAGUCUUCACUGGCAUCUCAAUUAUCACUUUCAACUAGCUUGGAUGAUUUACAACUUGAUCGAGACACUGAUGAAAAUCCUCCUUCCAAUUCCAGUGAUCUUUGCACAUGCUUACUAAUCUCUCUUGAUACAAACUUUGAUGUACUUUGUAAUAACACAUUUUAUAAGAAACUUCAGUUGUAUAGAAUAGCUCUCUUUGAUAGCCAUCGUGCAACUUAUGAACACACAAGAUUGUGUGCAGAAAAGCUAAUUUUGGCGGGAAAGAGUGAUAGAGCUGUUCAUGUGUUAUUGGAAAAUGAGCCUAGUGAUGCUAAUUAUUACACAGAUGCACUUAGAGCAUGUCUAAUUGCAACUGUCAGUCUGUCUGGUGUGUCGCAAAGUACAAUUAAGUUAGUUGCUACAAAUCUCAUAGCUAGUGGAAAGCUCAAAGAAGGUGCAGAGUUAUUGUGCUUGGUUGACAAGGGAACAGAUGCCUGCAGAUAUUUGCAAACAUAUGGUGAAUGGGAGCUAGCUGCUUGGUUAGCAAAGGUUCGACUAAAUCAUCAUGACUGUACAGAUGUUAUUGUAAGAUGGUGUGAUAAUCUGGUGCUACCCCAUGUAAAUUGUAAAAACAAAGCAAUAUUAGUAUUAAUAUCAGUUGGAAAGUUUGUGCGUGCCUUAGAGUUGAUGUUCAGUGUUGGACGUAUUGACCGUGCAUUACUGUUUCUUGAAGCUUGUUUUGAAUUUGAACUUCUUUCUGAGGAUGAUGAGGUUAACUCUACAUUUUUUGAGAAUAUAUAUUUGGACUAUGCAAGGUUGCAAAUAAAGUUGAAAAACUAUGCGUCUGGGAAGUUUUACUGUUUAAAGGCUGGAGGACGUGGAAAAAAGCUGUUGGAGGAGAUUGAAAUAAACUGCCAGACAAAAAACGAAUAACUUUGAAGAAAAUGUAAUGUUAACAUCAUAGUAGCAACUUUUUAUGAAAACAGUUGAAAAGUUUUUGAUAACUAUGCAUAAAAAAGUAUUACUGUCUGAAUGUUGUGAAGUCUCUCACAAACACUUGAAUCACGCUGGUACCAAGAAAUACAAAUAGUUUAAUCAUAUCAGUUUCCAACCGAGAAACGGUUAAUGUACAAUUAGAGAAUUUUAUUUUUGUAUUUUAUAUGACGUUUUAUUAUAAAUUUAAUUAAACUUUUGUAAA